AGUGUGAUGUUUUUCCUCAUGCCUUCACUGGUCCUGGGGAUAAUGGGAUAUAAGCUUUCAGGGAACAUCAGGUGUAGAGUAUCGUGCAGAUGUGUCUUGAAGACCUUCUACGGCCCCCUGCUCUGGAUCUCCAUCCUACUUACAGACGGACGCUAUGUCACCUGCUUUGUGACAUCAGAAUCAAGAGAGACAGAUGUGAGGCAAAUAAGUCAGAUAUUCGGGAUCAUUCUCAUAUCACUGCUGCUCAUCCUGUCAUUCGCCGUGAAGGAGCUUUGUUGCUGCCGUCACAUCUCAGCGUUAUACUUUCGUGAGAAGUAUGAAGAGAAAAUGCUGGAGGAACUGGAGGAAGGUCUGAGAUCCAAAGCAAUGAAAAAGCAAACCGAGAUUGCAGAAGACUUGGUCGUAAUGGUCACAGAUAAAUCCUUUACGCCGCAACAAGCUAAUUGGCUUAAAAAUCUGGAAAACCUGAUAUGCACAGAAAAGAAUAAAAUAAGGGAAAGAUUUAAAGAAGGUACAAUAAUCAGUGAGGAGCAACGCAGACAUGCAGCCGCUCUAAGGGAUCUUUUACAAGGGCAGAGUAGUGGCAGUAACAAGAGGCGAUCAUCAAUAUAAAAAGUCUAUGAGAACUGCUUUAACCCCUAACAG